AUGAAAGCCAUAAUAGACUUCGCAAACAAUUGGCUACAGAAGCGGGAGGUAUGGGAUGUCAUAUCGUGCGAGACUGUAGGCGACAUAAUAACGGUUAAGUUCUCAAAGGGCGGGACAGUUACCUACAAAAAACUACUGACCACUUACUCUAUCAACGAUGAAGGCCUACUGAGUCAAUGGGGAGCGUCGUAUGACACACUCGUCUCAGAGGGAACGGCAUGUUUUCGAGUGAAACUGUUGCGUCUAUGGGUCCGACCCUUUGAUAGCUCGGAGUUCAACGAUAAGGUGCGUCCGAUUGUACCGCAGAUACAGUUCCGCGACUUUGAGCCCCAGAUUCUGGACUCAAGUAGUAAUAGGUUUGAGAGCAUCGAUGAGGUGGUGGCGCGACUUAACGGUGCGAUUAAUGCCGAAGUGAUUACGGGAAAGAUAUUGAAUGUACAGACACUGGCCUGUAGUGCUACUCCAGACUGGGAGAUAGACUCCCAGACCAAUGUGUCCGACUCAUGGGUUGGUAGGAUAGUCUACGUGUUGAGAGUGUUUUACAUGUUGGGACCCAUAAAUGAGGAGGAGGUAGGUUUGGCUGACUUUGUGCCCCAGUAUCUGGAAGGGGGUGUGUUUAGGAAACCUAAGUUCGAGUCCCAGUCCUGUGUAUUACGGAAUGCCUCGAAAUGGUUGUCCGAAAACCCGGAAAUAAACUUUUGUAGUGCGAUGUCAUUGGAUGUAAAACUCAAGUCAAUGGUAUCGAUUGACACGAAACGGAUGUCAUUCAGGCGCGGGACCGGAGAUUUCAUACGAAUCCUUCGCAUAGCGUAUACCAAACCCCGGGAGGUGUCGGCAGACAUUCCCAUUAGCUCUACACUACCACCCCCUCCACCCGUAUACCUCGAGCACCGGGUGUUUGCUUUACAUAUGGACUACUCGGAGAUCAAGUGUACGAUCAAUUACUUCAUGGGUAGGGAUGAGUGGCGGACAUCUCAGGAACAGUACAAAUGGCUGCUCUUGAGCUGUGAAACGGUUCCCGUGUUUGCCAACAAUGGUCUCAAGACAUCGUUGGAGUCUAUAAGUGAUCACUCCUUUCAGACCCUACUGUCCUCUAACUACACACUCUGUUGUUCAGAGUAUUUUGCAUUAAAACUCUAUUAUGACGUCGGAUACUAUGGUAUCGAUCACCUUGGUGUGGCCACCGGUACAGGUCUUCCCACGAGUCUAUAUAUGCGUGAGGACCAGGCUUUCGAGCCGUAUAUUAAAGUUAUCGACCGCACGGACAAUCAUAUAGUCGGUCACACACUGGACUCGAUUACAUAG